AUGUCUGAAUCCGAUGUAAGUGCGAGGGAUAAAGAUGGUAACACGCCCUUACAUCUAGCCUGUGCUCAGGGACACACGGACAUGGUGAAGCAGCUAUUGCACUCUAACGCUGAUACAGAUGCGGUGAAUAAAGAUGGUAAGACACCGCUAUAUCUGGCUAAUAGUAACGGAGACAUAGAUGUGGUGAAGCAGCUCCUACUAUACAAACUGAACUGGAGUCAAUGUCGUUUUAUUGAGCCUAAUGUAAAUGUACUGAAUAAUGAUGAUAACACACCGCUACACCUCGCUUGUCCUGAUGGACACACAGACAUACUGAAACAGCUAUUACUGUUUGAACUUGAUGUGAAUGUGGUGAAUAAAGAUGGUAACCACCCGCUGCAUCUGGCCUGUGGUCAUGGACACACAAACAUGGCUAAGCACCUACUGUUCUCUAAGUCUGAUGUUAAUGUGGAAGAUAAAGACGGCAACACGCCUCUACAUCUGCACAAUCCCACCAUGGGUUGUUAUACAGUGAGAUAUAUUGAAUAUCUUAGACAGAAAUCUAUAUUUAAGAGGAAAAGCGGUCCCCAACAUAUAUGUAUAUCUCUAAUAAAAUGUACAGACACAGAAUUCUAUAUUUACCAUUUCAGGCUUCGAAUGUCUGAAUCCGAUGUAAGUGCGAGGGAUAAAGAUGGUAACACGCCCUUACAUCUAGCCUGUGCUCAGGGACACACGGACAUGGUGAAGCAGCUAUUGCACUCUAACGCUGAUACAGAUGCGGUGAAUAAAGAUGGUAAGACACCGCUAUAUCUGGCUAAUAGUAACGGAGACAUAGAUGUGGUGAAGCAGCUCCUACUAUACAAACUGAACUGGAGUCAAUGUCGUUUUAUUGAGCCUAAUGUAAAUGUACUGAAUAAUGAUGAUAACACACCGCUACACCUCGCUUGUCCUGAUGGACACACAGACAUACUGAAACAGCUAUUACUGUUUGAACUUGAUGUGAAUGUGGUGAAUAAAGAUGGUAACCACCCGCUGCAUCUGGCCUGUGGUCAUGGACACACAAACAUGGCUAAGCACCUACUGUUCUCUAAGUCUGAUGUUAAUGUGGAAGAUAAAGACGGCAACACGCCUCUACAUCUGCACAAUCCCACCAUGGGUUGUUGUGAGUUCCAAGUUAAUACCAUAGAUUCAUCUCUGGUGUCCAAGUACCAGCAGCUCAAAGAACAAUCACAUGUACAGUAUUUAUGGAGUUACGUUGAAACAUGGUGCUUGAAUGUAGCAAUACCACUUGUAAAGAAUGUGGAGUACAACUUCAGCAGUGAUCAGCCAUUAACUCCUAUAGUCUGA